UACAGCAGUAUUCUGGCUGUUGUUGGGGUAACAUCAUUUCUAGAAGUCUUAGUGGCUGAAACUGUUGAGUACCACAAAGACACAGGAUGUGAUGGGAAAGCGGAAACUAAGAAAAAUUUAACAUCGGAAAUUCUAAAGGAAUGCCCACCAUUUGCAUCACCGAUUCUAAUUCUGGAAUACUCAUUGUCACUUUUCUGGAAAACAAAGUAGCGUCUUCUUUCCUGUCCUAAAGCAUAUGGCUGUGGGGGGGUGGGGGGGGAGAAUUUGAGACUGGGUGGCCAGAGGCUGGGCUUCGGGUCCCCCCCCCCCCCAAUGCCUUGCCUUCCCCUAGGAGGUCUCUGAAGUCCUUGGUUCCCAUGGAAGGGCAAGAGGCCGAGGGGACCCGGCAGCGGAGCGUGAGGACCAGACACCCCCGCGAUGACCAGUUCCCCCGUCUCCAGAGUCGUCUACAACGGCAAGAGGAACAGUAGCCCCCGCUCUCCCCCCAGCAGCAGCGAGAUCUUCACCCCGGCCCAUGAGGAGAAUGUGCGCUUCAUUUACGAAGCCUGGCAGGGAGUGGAGCGAGACCUGCGGAGCCAGAUGUCGGGCAGCGAGCGGGGCCUGGUGGAGGAGUACGUGGAGAAGGUCCCCAACCCCAGUCUGAAGACCUUCAAGCCCAUCGACCUGGGUGACCUGAAGCGCCGGAGCACGCCUGACGCCAAGAAGUCCUGAAGCCGGUGUCCCCUCCCCACCCCCCCACCCCCCUGCCUCUGGGAGACCCGGGUGCCACCUGAUGUUGGUCUCCCGUGGGCUCAGUUCCUGGGAGGGGGAGGGGCCGUGUGCCCAGGGGGCUGUCAACCCCAGGACCGGGAGGGGCACGACUGGUGGCCAAGGCCUGCCCUUCCUCCCCGAGCCCCCUCCUUUCCUCCUAGGGGGUCUCGAGCUGCCCCUGCCCCUGGGCGGGUCUGGGCCCUGCCAGCCCCCGCUCUCCCUGUAGUUGUCUCCUCGGAGCUGCCUGCCCCCACCCCAGGGCCUCGGCUCUGACUCCCCUCCACCUCCCGUCACCUUCAUUGCCCCCACCCCCUGCCCCCCGGCCACUUCCAAGGUCACGAGGGAGACCUGGGGGGGCCUGUGCCGUCUCCCAGGCUGGUGGUACUGGGCUGGCCUUGGCCCUGAAGUGGCCAGGAGGCAGGACAAGGGUGGCCCUUCCAUACCUGUUGUAUUCCCUACCAACUCCUGCUGCUUCUCUGGCCUGGACACGUUGGGGAGCACCUAAUUCUUCACCCCACUGUCCAGACUGGCCCUGUCCUUCCCUGCAUCAGCUUCAGGUUGGCACCAGCCCUCUGGGCCUGGGAUGUUGCGAGCACCCGCUCAGAAGGGGUCCUGGGCAACCAGGCCUAGCCCCUUGUUGUCUGUGGCCCUGUGGCCACAGCAGCCCCCUUGGGCAGGGGUAUGAGGCUGGCCUUGGCCCUGUGCUGUGUGCUGGGACGGUCACCAGGGCCCCCCUUUCUUCCUGUGCUCUCCAAAAGCCAAGUGUCUGUGACUGAAGCCCAAGGACCAGUGAAUAAAGGCGGGUGGCGCUGGA